CUGCGGCGCGAGUUUUGCUGUUGAGAUAGUCUCGGAAGAGUUUGAAGGGAAGAGAUUGCUAGAGAGGCACCGCAUGGUGAACGCUGCUCUUGAAGAAGAGAUGAAAGAGAUCCAUGCUCUCUCUAUAAAGAAAGCUCACACUCCACAGCAAUGGAAUCCAACUCCACAAGACUCUCCAACAACAACAACAACUCCAACCACAGAUGCUUGACAACAAAACAACAACAAACCUUAUCUUACUAAGAUAAAAAAAAAGCUAUUGACUUUGACCUUGUGACAAGGUAACUAAAGAAGCUUGUAGUUAAUAUAAAAAGCAUCUACUGCUGAAUAAGUUAUGAAUUCGAUAACAAUAAAACCACCAAACCUGAAGAUGCGGGUUUUAGCUCAAAACGACGUGGUUUUAAAUUAACUGGGCCGUUAAAAGGCCUUAAGAUUGAUAAUGAACGAAGAAGCCCAAUGACAGCAGCAGCAAGAUCUCAACCUGAAACGUAAUAGCAAACUGAAAUCUCUCAUAAACCCUAAAUCCCCAAAUCGAAAUCUGCAAACGAAGAAGAUGAUUCGAAGAAGAAUCUCUUCGAUCAUUUCAACAUCACUCCUCAAUUCAUCGAUUCACCACGCCUCCAAACCCAGAUUCGUCACCUCUUCGCCGCUUCUCCAAUGCCGUCGAUCUCCGAUCCUUACUCAGACUCCUACCUUUGCAAGGUCGUUUCAGGGGAUCAGGGCGUACAGUUUACUGAGCUUGAACGAUCUGAGAGACAAUGUGCCGAGGAAGCUGAAGACGAGGAAAGGAAGAGGUAUUGGGUCGGGUAAAGGUAAAACUGCGGGAAGAGGUCACAAGGGGCAGAAGGCGAGAGGGACGAUGAAGUUUGGUUUCGAAGGUGGGCAGACUCCUUUACGACGUCGUUUACCCAAACGUGGCUUCAAGAACAAGUUUAAGCUUCAUUUUCAGCCUGUUGGUCUUGGGAAGAUCGCUAAACUCAUAAACGCUGGGGAGAUUGAUUCACAUGAGUUGAUCACAAUGAAGACGCUCAAGGAUGUGGGAGCCAUAGGGAAGCAAAUAGAAGACGGAGUAAGACUAAUGGGUCGUGGUGCUGAUGAGAUCAAAUGGCCACUUCAUUUUGAGGUUUCGAGAGUGACUGUUAGGGCCAAAGAAGUGGUGGAAGCAGCAGGAGGAUCAGUGAGGAGGGUGUAUUACAACAAAUUGGGCUUGAGGGCAUUGCUUAAACCGGAAUGGUUUGAGAAGAAAGGAAGGCUAUUGCCAAAAGCGGCGAGACCACCUCCUAAACAACAAGAUAGGGUCGAUAGCAUCGGACGUCUUCCCGCUCCGAAGAAACCCAUCCCGUUUUUUUCAGCUGAGGAAAACAAAGUUGAGUCUCCUGUUGAAUCAUGAUUUUCUGUUAAUUUCUUAACGUUUAGUGUCUCAUUUUGAGUUCUUUGUGUCUUUCUUGGUCAUGCUCUUACAAGAAAAAUUGAGAAUAGCGGAUUUCUAUUGGACCAAAUAAUGUCAUUCUCGUUAAAAAAUUUACUUGGUCAUAA